AUGUUGGCGUUUCUCCUCCUCGUGGCUGCGGCCUCGUGCUCGAGCCAGACCGGGCAGGAUCCCGGCGAGGAUUCCCGCCAGAAUUCCCGGGAUUUUCCUGAGGAUUCCCGGGAUUUAACCGAGGAUUCCCGCCAGAAUUCCCGGGAUUUGACCGAGGAUUCCCGCCAGAAUUCCCAGGAUUUGACCGAGGAUUCCCGCCAGAAUUCCCGGGAUUUAACUGAGGAUUCCCGCCAGAAUUCCCGGGAUUCCGGCACCGCCGCGGGACCCGCACCCACGGCCGGGACCGUGCGGGACGGCACCGGGACCCCGCGGGACGGCACCGGGACCCCGCGGAAAGGCACCGGGACCCCGCAGAACGGUACCGGGACCCUGCAGAACGGCACCGGGACCCCGCGGGGCGGCACCGGGACCCUGCAGAACGGUACCGGGACCCCGCAGAACGAUCCUCCCUGGCUCCUCCCGGUCUCGGUCGGUGUCGCCGUCCCGGGGCUGCUGCUGCUGCUGGGGGCUGCGGCCGCGGCCGGGCGAGGCCUCCGGCGGCGGCGUGAACGGACCCACACGGUGCCGGUGGCGGCCCCGGUAAGGCCGGAGCCCCCCGUGGCCCCCGAACCCCCCCCGGACCCCUCAGUCCCACCCAGGUCCCCCCAAAUCCACACCCGCGCCCCUCCUGUCCCGGCAGAGCUUCCCCUUGGCCCCCGCGCCGACGUCGCUGUCCCC